AUGGCUUUGAGCGGAGAUACAAUGAGGGUAUUCUUCUUCCUCGCGAUGGUGGUGUGCGCCGCGCACGCGGCGAAGGAAGCCCCUAAGGGGAAGGAUGCGAAGAAAGGCGAUUCCGCUGCGGCGCCGGGACCCUCCGGUGGCGGCGGAUCCUCCGACAUAUCCGAGCUGGGAGCCAAGGGUGACGGCAAGACGGACUGCACCAAGGCGCUGAACGAUGCGUGGACGGCGGCGUGCGGCAAGGAGGGGGCGCAGACGCUCACGAUCCCUAAGGGUGACUACCUGACGGGCCCCCUCAACUUCAGCGGGCCGUGCAAGGGCAGCGUCACCAUCCAGCUCGACGGCAACCUGCUCGGCACCACCGAUCUCAAAGCGUACAAGACCAACUGGAUCGAGAUCCAGCAUGUCGACAACCUCGUCAUCAAUGGCAAGGGCACCAUCGACGGCCAGGGCAAGCAAGUCUGGGACAACAACAAAUGUGCCCAGAAAUACGACUGCAAGAUCCUGCCCAACUCGUUGGUGCUGGACUACGUAAACAACGGCACCGUCUCCGGGAUCACCCUGCUCAACUCCAAGUUCUUCCACAUGAACAUUUUCCAGUGCAAGGGCAUCACGGUCAAGGACGUGACCGUCACCGCUCCGGGAGACAGCCCCAACACUGACGGCAUCCACAUGGGAGACUCGUCCAAGGUCACCAUCACCGGAACCACCAUCGGCGUCGGUGACGACUGCAUCUCCAUCGGCCCCGGAAGCACCGAGAUCAACAUCACCGGCGUCACCUGCGGCCCCGGCCAUGGCAUCAGCGUCGGCAGCCUGGGCAGGUACAAGGACGAGAAGGAUGUGACCGACAUCAACGUCAAGGACUGCACGUGCAAGAAGUCCACCAACGGUGUCCGCAUCAAGUCCUACGAGGAUGCCGCGUCCACGCUCACCGCCUCCAAGCUCCACUACGAGAACAUCGCCAUGGAGGACGUGGCCAACCCUAUCAUCAUCGACAUGAAGUACUGCCCCAACAAGAUCUGUACCAAAAACGGCGCCUCCAAGGUCACCAUCAAGGACGUUACCUUCAAGAACAUCACUGGCACCUCGUCGACCCCGGAGGCUGUCAGCCUCCUCUGCUCGGACAAGCUGCCAUGCACCGGCGUCACCUUGGAUAACGUCAAGGUUGAGUUCAAGGGCACCAACAACAAGACCAUGGCGGUCUGCAACAAUGCAAAGGGCAGCUCCACGGGCUGCCUCAAGGAGCUGGCUUGCUUAUGAUUGAUUCAUCCAUCCACUAUUAUUGUUCUUCAGAAAAGAAGAACGAUCGGCCCAGGGAUCAUCUGCCAAGAAGCCUCAACAACAUAAUUAUUACUACCAAGACACUAGAAUUUACCUGAAUUCCUCGAUAUGCAUGUCACCUUCCAUGCACUAGGCCAUUUUCCCCUUCGCGUGGGGUGGUAUCAUUAUGAGGUCGGCUGAUUUUUUUUUGUUCUUUUAACUUUCUUUGAAUGUUUUCAGGCUCCCAUGCAUGCAUGGAUGAGAGAUAUUAAUUCUGUAUGACAAUUACUGAAUGCUUAUGAAGCUUCAAUACAAUCUCGUUUUAUUUGGU